AUGGCAGAACUGUGCCGCCGGGACUCCACGCUGACCUCCCUGGACGAGGAGGAGCUGUGGGAGAUGAUGGAGAGCCACCGCUACCACAUCGUGCGCAGCGUCUGCCCCAGCCGCCUCACGCCCUACCUGCGCCAGGCCAAGGUGCUGGGCCAGCUGGACGAGGAGGAGGUGCUGCACUGCCCCCGCCUCACCAACCGCGCCAUGAGAGUCGGCCACCUGCUGGACUUGCUGAAGACACGAGGGAAGAACGGGGCUGUGGCCUUCCUGGAGAGCCUCAAGUUCCACAACCCCGACGUGUACACCCUGGUCACAGGGCUGCAGCCCGACGUGGACUUCAGCACCUUCAGUGGCCUCAUGGAGACGUCCAAGCUGACCGAGUGCCUGGCCGGCGCCAUCGGGAGCCUGCAGGAGGAGCUGAGGCAGGAGAAGGGCCAGAAGGAGGCGCUGCUGCGGCGGUGCCAGGGACUGCAGGAGCGCCUGGGUUUGGCUGAGGCUGGGGCCGAGGGGCUGCGCCAGCUGGAGGCUGACCACGGCCGCAUGAAGCGCGAGGUCAGCGCCCACUUCCACGAGGCGCUGAAGCUUAAGGACGAGCUGCUGAGCCUGUCGCUGCGCUAUGGCGGCGCCCUGCAGGAGAAGGAGCUGGCCACCACGCGCUGCCGGGGCCUGCAGGAGGAGCUGUACCUGAUGAAGCAGGAGCUGCAGCGAGUGAACAUGGUCUCUUCCUGUGAGCGGCAGUUCCGAGAGCGGUCCCUGAAGAUGGCCAGUGGCCUGGAGCCGGGUGGGGAGCUGAACCUCCUGAAGGAGGAGAAUGAGAAGCUCCGCUCUCUGACCUUCAGCCUGGCGGAGAAGGACAUCCUGGAGCAAAGCCUGGACGAGGCCCUGGAGAGCAAGCAGGAGCUGGUGGACCGCCUCCACUCGCUGCGGGAGCGGGCCGCAGCCGCCGAGAGGCAGAGGAAGCAGGACUGGGAAGAGAAGGAGCAGACACUGCUGCAGUUCCAAAAGAGCAAAGUGGACUGUGCGCUCCUCAAGGAGAAGCUGAGCGCCCUGCAGAGCCACGUGGCAGAGCUGCAGAAGGAGCGGGACCAGGCGUACUCCGCGAGGGAUGGGGCCCAGAUGGCCAUCUCACAGAGCCUGGUGGAGAAGGACGCCCUCCGCAGGCAGGUGUUCGAGCUGACCGACCAGGUCCUGGAGCUGCGCACACAGAUGCAGAGGCUGCAGGUGGACCCCCCGGCUGCGCCCAAGCAGGAAGCGGGGACCCGGGACACCUGCGUGCAGGGGAAGCAGCGGCUGGUGCGCAUGCACGCCAUAUGGCCACGUGAGGACGGUGUCUGCAGUCUGCUCAGCUCCACCGAGUCUCAGCUCUGGUCAGACCUGAGCGCCACGUCCAGCCGUGAUCAGCAGGACAGCUUCCGCUCCCACAGCCCCCUGCCUCCCAGCCAGCAGUCCCUCUGCAAGCGGGCGGCAGAGGACCUCCUGGACGACCCCUGGCCGUUAAGCAUCCCGGGUGUCCUGGGCCCAGACCUGGGAGCCACCCCAGGAGCCACGGCCAGUGACACAGAUCUGGACUUCGAGAUCCUGGACCGGGCAGACCUGCCCCAGUCGGACAGCCCGCAGCCACCGUUCUCCGGAAGCCUCGACCUCUCCGACCUCUCCGAAAGUGUCCCCGUGCGGCGGAGACCAGCCCGCAGGAUCCUGAGCCAGGUCACCGUGCUGGCGUUCCAGGGGGACACAUUGCUGGAGCAGAUAAGUGUCAUCGGCGGGAACCUCACGGGCAUCUUCAUUCACCGAGUCACCCCAGGCUCGGCAGCAGACGGGAUGGCCUUGCGCCCAGGCACCCAGAUCAUGAUGGUGGACUGCGAAGCGACCGAGCCCUUGUUCAAGGCUGUCCUCGAGGACACAAGCCUGGAGCGCGCCGUGGGGCUUCUGCAGAGGGUGAACGGCUUCUGCUGCCUGUCUGUGAAGGUCAACAUGGAGGGUUAUAAGAAGCUGGUCCAGGACCUGGAGGCCAACGUAGCUACCUCCGGGGACUCAUUCUACAUCCGGGCCAACCUGGCCGUGGAGGGCAGGGCAGAGGGGGAGCUGCCGGUGUUUUGCAACGACAUCCUGCACGUCACCGACACCAUGUUCCAGGGCCGCUGCUGCUGGCACGCCUCUCGUGUGAGCCCCUACACCAUGAAGGACUCGCAGCACGGCACCAUCCCCACCUACGCACAGGCUCAGCAGCGGCUCAUCGACCUCAUCCAGAUCCUGACUCAGCCGUGCACUGCCAGCCGCAAGUGUUCUGGGGGCCCCCAGAAGCUGGUCCGCAUCGUCAGUGUGGACAAGGCCAGGAACAGCCCUCUGUGGCUGCCCUUUGACGGGAUGGAAGGUGAGGCCUGUGUGUCCCCACGAGAGCAGUGGGAGCACAGCAGCCUGUUGGGGACAACCUGCAACCUCCCUGCACCCACACUGCACAGCCAGAGGGCUGAGGUCACGCAGAGGUCAGAGGGCAGGUACCCAAUGGGCAAAGCUGCAGGGUGUCAGGCAGAGGCGGACCUCGGAGAGGGAGGGAAGCUGUUCUGUUUCCUUCUUGAGUCGCUGUCUGUGGGGCUGGAAGGAGAAUGGAGAAGGAAUUGCAGUGUGGCCAUCUCCCCUGGUGGGGGGCUGAUUUCCCAGAUCCUUCGGGAAUUAGCAACCUGGGCCCUCUCUCCUUCCCGGGAGCUCAAUGAGGAAAACAGGGUUAAAGCCGGCUCUGGAGAGCACUGGCUGGCCUCUGGCUGUGGCGUGUGUCCUGGUCUGUCAGGGCCUGCUCUGGGUGCCUCCUGGGGCCGGCAGGGUGGGGCCCAGGGGCUCACUGCUGUCUCCCCUCCUCCAGACUCUGCCGCCCCAGGCUUGUGGACGGAGAGCUGCCUCACCCUGGCACCCUACACCCUGGUGCAGCCCCACAGGCCUGCCCGGCCCCGGCCGGUGCUUUUUGUGCCCAGGAUGGUGGGGAAGAUCCUGAGCGAGAAGCUGUGCCUCCUGCCCGGGUUUAAGAAGUGCCCCUCAGAGUACUUGAGCCAGGAGGAGUAUGAUGCCUGGAGCCAGAGAGGGGAUGUCAUCCAGGAAGGAGAGCCAGCCGGUGGCCACUGCUGGGUGACCCGCCACGCUGUAGAGUCGCUCAUGGACAAGAACACUCACGCCCUCCUGGACCUCCGGCUAGGCAGCGUGCACGCCCUGCACCGGGUGGAAAUCUUCCCCAUCAUCAUCCACAUCUCUGUCAACGAGAAGGCAGCGAAGAAACUCAGGAAGGGCCUGCAGCGGCUCGGCACCUCAGAAGAGCAGCUCCUGGAGGCGGCCCGGCAGGAGGAGGGAGACCUGGACAAGGCACCCUGUCUCUACAGCAGCCUGGCCCCCGACAGCUGGAGCGACCUGGACGGCCUGCUUGGCUGUGUCCGCCUUGUUGUGGCAGACGAGCAGAAGAAGGUGGUAUGGACAGAGCAGAGCUCCCACUGAUGCCCCAGAGCCCCUCCUGGGGUUGAGGGACCUUCCUGGUCCUGUCUUUGGGGCCAUUCAGCACAGGCCAGCCCUUUCCCCCUGGACGGCAAAAGUGUUCUUCCUGCUCCACCUUCCUGAGUAAACCAUCUCCGGGCUGGGCAUGUCCGCGCCAGAGACCCCAAGCUCACUGCAAAGGGGCCUUCCCGCCCCUCCCCAGCACCCUCUGCCUACAGACCUGACUGAGCCAAAGGUACCACACGUUCCUCCUGCACUUCGAGGGGCCACAGGGCUUGGCAGGGCCUGCGGAGGCAGUCAGCCCUUGGGCCUGGUGCCCCCAGGUCGCUGUCGCCCCUGCCCACAGCAGAGACACAAACCCACCAACGGCACCACCGAUGGCAGAACCUGCUCACUCCCCCAGCCCCCUCGGUAGCUCUCCUUCAGAGGCCCGUAUGUCCGCCCUUUAGUUUCCAGGUGAGGGAGGCAAUGUUUCCAGUGGUCUGGGCCAGGGACCCAUGGGCAUGUCCUGGAGAAGCCCGGACAGACACCUCUGUACAAGGGCCCGACCCCUCCUGCGCCUGGGAACCGCCUCCCCCAGCCCAGCACCGCAGCCAGGCCCUUCGUGGUGCCAGGCGUCUACGAGAGCUGCUCGGGCACAGCUCAGCUGAGGACCAGGCCCCUCCUGGCCAGG